AUGUUUCCGGAUAUGUCAACAUUUUAUUGUGUAGUUGCAUUAAAUCUGAAGAUUCAUCAUCUAGUUGAAAGCAAAGAGUGUAAAAUGAAAGAUAUAUUAGCAACAAUGCAUGCACAAAGCCAUUUAUUAUCACAUGGCGUGCAGAUUAAUUUCACAAAAAUAAUUCCACACAACUUCCAAGAGCUUUUUAAAACGUAA